AUGAAAGCCAAGGCAAUCUCAACUCCAAUGGACUACACCAGCAAGUUGACAAAGAAUACUAGAACUCCACUUAGCUCAACAUCUGAAUAUAGAAGGUUAAUUGGAAGAUUACUCUAUCUAACCAAUACAAGGCCAGAUAUAUGUUAUGCGGUUGGAAGAUUGAGUCAAUUUUUGGAGUGCGCUACUGACAAACACUUUGAGGCAGCUAUAAGGGUACUUAGAUAUCUCAAGAAUGAGCCAGCAUUGGGGCUGUUCUUUUCAUCUCAGACAGAUUUGGAGCCAACCAGUUUUUCAGACAGCGACUGA